CUACUUAGUAUUAAACGUACCUGUCUCAUGGCUACCGACUUUGGAGACAACGCUUUUAUAUAUUUUUUUUCUGGUCAUUGUUCUUCACAAAAGACCUAAUUGAAAAUAUCUGUCAAAUCAUGUCUCUGGUUUCCCUCUCCUUCCCCCCCUGCUAAUUGGACAUGUAUUGUGUUUGUGUGGGAAGGAAGGAGGCUCUAUAGCGGGAUAGCAAUAUUGCUGGGAAAAGAACAUUAAAAUGGAUAAAGGGAUUUUCUAGCGGUAUAAAUACCUGCACACGACCUCCCUGUUCUCUGGAGCCCUUCUGUAUAUGUAUAUACAAGUGCAAAGACUGGAAUAGAGUUGGAGCUGCCGUUAAUCGGUCAGGACCUGUUCAGUUAGAAAACAGGGAAAGGUGGCUCUCUGCCUUUCACCUGUUUGAGGGCAUGACUUGCCAAGCGUUUGCUUCAUCUGACAAUUUUGUACCCUUGAAUUCUGACUCUUCUCCCUCCCUGCCUCUGAUAAUGCAUCACAGCGCAGCAGAGUGCCUGCCCGUUUCUAACCAUGCGACCAAUGUUGUCUCCACAGUCCCGUCUGUUUUGUCUUUGAUCCAAACUCCUGAAUGUUCCCAUCUCCAUUUUGCCAUGAUGACUUCGGGAAACGCGUCAGCAGGACUUCACUACUCUGUGCCCUCCUGUCACUAUGGAAAUCAACCCUCUACCUAUGGAGUGAUGGCAGGCAUCAAGCCUGCAACUCCAGAGAUGCUAUCAGCAAGUCUCUCCCAGAGUCGCAUCUUACAGACAUGCAGCAUGCCACAUCCCAAUGUAGUAAAUGGUGUCAGCACAUUGCAAAGCAAGUCUUUUUCUUUUUCUUGUAGCCUGACCCCUUGCCUUUAUAAGUUCCCUGAGCAUGCCCUCAGCGCCAGCUCCUGUGCCCUGGGCCACAGCUUCACACCCAUGCACCAGACCCUCCUCAGUGAUGAUCCUACGGCUGCAGACUUCAAGCAGGAAUUCCGCAGGAAAAGCAAGUCUGUGGAAGAGCCUGUCGACAUGGAUUCCCCUGAAAUCAGGGAACUGGAGAAAUUCGCUAAUGAAUUCAAACUGCGGAGAAUUAAGCUGGGUUAUACACAAACCAAUGUUGGCGAAGCACUGGCUGCUGUGCAUGGCUCCGAAUUCAGUCAAACUACCAUUUGCCGCUUUGAGAACUUGCAGCUGAGCUUUAAGAACGCAUGCAAACUGAAAUCAAUACUGUCCAAGUGGCUGGAAGAAGCAGAACAAGUGGGAGCUUUAUACAAUGAAAAAGUUGGAGUGAAUGAGCGGAAGAGGAAGCGCAGAACCACCAUAAGUAUUGCUGCCAAAGAAGCCCUGGAGAGGCACUUUGGAGAACAAAGCAAGCCUUCUUCUCAGGAAAUCAUGAGGAUGGCUGAGGGGCUCAAUCUUGAGAAAGAAGUCGUGAGAGUUUGGUUUUGCAACAGAAGACAAAGGGAAAAAAGAGUGAAGACAAGUCUGCAUCAGAAUGCCUUUAGCUCUAUUAUCAAGGAGCACCACGAGUGCCGGUAAAGCUUUUUCAUGCGUAGCUGCAGAUUUCUGUUUUGCUUUUUGAUAAAUAUGUUGCUUUUUGCUUUUUGUAAAUAUUUUAUUUACUUUGUUGUUUAAAAAAAUAUGAAGAAAAAUUGGUAAAUCACUUGAUUCCCUUACAAGCUAGCCAGCUUCAGAUGCAGUUUGUGGAAGGCCUGAUUUCAACGUAAAAUGUUGGGGGGAAAAUGCUAUUGCAGAUAUUUAAAGUGUUGGAUGCCUAACUGCAAGGAACCUGUUGGGCAUUACUCAACCAGAAAUGCUUUACAAGUAGCACACGUAGUUGCAGUUUCCUUGUGCUGUGCCUUCAUUGAGUACGCGGUGUACUGAAUGAUUAACAGAGAACCCCCGUGUAGGUACCCUAAGCAUGAGGAAACAAAUCCUUUGUGUUACUCAUGAAGAAAGGUUACAAAGCUUGGUGUCAGCAGCUGUAGUUUGUGAAAGAUUUUUGCCUCUGCCUGUCUGUGCAUGUGCCAUACCCCCAGUCCAUGGUAGCUAUCUCACUGAGCUAACCUCUGUGAGACCGCGAGCCAUUAGGGAGACUUUACAGGGUCCCGCCCCCAGCAUUGAACACUGAGUUCACUAAACUGAACAUCAGAAAGAAGUUAGAAUUUUGAGGAAGAGGAGAACGUGAAUAAGUGAUCUUAAGCUUGCAGUGUUUAUAUUAUUGAGUAUCUAUUUGUGGCCAAAGAUGGGAUCCCAAGGGACUGUCAAUGGAUGUGAGUGAUCCAGGAAGGCAGUAGAGGAGUGCGAGAUGAGGACUGAAAAGCUGCCUUCCAAAAACUGGCUGAAAUUCAGGGACAAGCUCACACCAGCUGUACACCUUUGACUAAACUACUUCAGGUAACUUCCUUGUGUCUUUUCAAGGUGAAGAUAGGAAAGAUGCGCCACAGCUGCUGUCUUUAUUUAUGAUAGAAUAAGCUUACCAGUACCAAGGUGUCAACAUGGCUCCUGAUGUGUGCUCUGUUUUAGUGUACUGCCUUGAACAGGUGCCAAGUUGAAGUGAUGUUUUCUAAUGCUAGUUAUCAAAAGACUUUCCUGCUAAUUCAUUGCAUGCCUUAAGGUCUGAUUUGGAUAGGUUUAGCUAUCACCUUAAGAGUUUAUGGCUCAGUGGGAAAAAGUAGGGAAUGAUCAGCUAGUUGUUACUUCAAGCUUUCUCUGCGUUGUAUUUUUUUAUGAUUAAAUCCUUUUGUGGACAUGCUUACACGAGAGAGUGUAUUAAGUGAAAAAACAAGGAGGUUUUUUUGCUUUGAAAUAAGUAGCCAGACAAAGCAUUUAUUGCACUGUACAUUCCCACUCUUUUACACCCCAACAAUUGAAAAUAACCCCUUGUCAUCCUGUAGCCUGGAGAGACAAUCAGGCAAAAAGAACAAUAAAAACUAAUAAAAAAACAUCCCACAAUAAUAAGCUAACAAACAAAAACCCAUGACAGUGCCAGAGCUCCACCUAUCAGAAAGCCAGACACCAAGAAACCAAAUUAAGGACUUUAGUACUCACCAGGGACAGAUUAUCAAGCCAUCUCAUCAACCCUGCUUGUUGUUAUUAAAUAGCCCAUUACCGCAUAUGUAUUUUACACUUUUCCCAGGACUGAAAUUAAGUGAGUACAUGCAAGUAAUAAUGGCCUGAUAAAAUUUAUUUUUCCAUUAAACAGACCUGAUGAUUUAGAAAAUGUCUAAAUAAUAGGCUCACAGAAAGCAAAGAGGUUUGCUGUUCAAGAUCACUUAGGAUCAGCAUGUACAAAUUGUGUUUUCACACUCCUGCGCGUUAAAUUCUCUCUAUUACAGUGACCAUAAGCUUAUUCAACUAUGGAAAUUUGGCCUCCUGAUUAAGAAAAUAUAUUUUUAUGGGCUAAUUGCACUGCUACAACCCCUUAAUUUAGAAGCAGCUUCUAAUCUAAUCAUUCAAAUGGGAGAAAUUAUGCUAUGUACCCUCAACACUAGCAUAGCUCACCCACAGCAGCACAGACCACACCCCUGCCAUUAUCAGUCGUGUGUGUAUUGACAGAUCAUGAACUUUCCAACAGGAUAAAAGAUAAACACAUGUGAGAAGACUGGCACUCAGCGGCAUGCAUUUGUGUACUUUUGAUGUUAUGUAGUCUAGUGUUAUGUAUGUAUGUUGAAACUACUGACAGAAAUGAAUUUUAUUUAUAUUGUAAGUUAUUUUAUUGAUUAUAAAAGGCUUCCUAAUGGUGCUGUAAGCCUGUAUGUUCUCCUCCUCCCCAAAUAAAGUAUUCUUACAUGUGUGGUGUUCCACAUAAUUGUUGGUAGCUCUGUUUUGGUAGUGCUUAUCUUUUUUAGCUGUGUAUUGUGCGGAUUUGUUUAUUCACUUUAGAAUGCUGUCAGUUAAUUUGAGAGAAAUUCAUGAAACUGUGAUUUCUAGUCUUCCACAAAGUCUCACAAGUGAAGGCUAAUUGCAGAAGCAUAGCAAAAUAAAAUGAAGGUUGACAUAGAAUGCCAUUUUGUUGCAGAAGAAUGACUAAAAAGCUAAGUGGAAGAAACAGCCACCACCUAAACACAUCAUCUAGCUGUCACCACGGAAAUACUAACAGUUCAGAGCAGAAUUGGUUAAUAAAUAAAUAAAUCAGUAAAUCCUGGAUGAAAUCAAUUUAAUGUGCUGCAGCUUUUAGAAUCGGAGAAAGUGGCAACUCGGUGUUUUCUUUAGGAACAGCUUACGUAUUCACUGGCUAAUUGCCAUCGAUCACUCUUGAUUGAGGGAAAAGGCCCUGGAUAAGGCGCCUGAGGGUUAGUUUUAUAAGCCUGCAAGUAAGUUUAGGUGGCUGCUUAACAAAUAUGGGUUGCACUAUUUUUCUUUGAAGUUCUUUUUUCUUGCUUUUACUUUCCCAAUGGUAACUUUAAGUAGCUUGUUGGAAGUAGAAUAGGGGACAAAACAAGACCAUAUGCUGAUGUCUAAAUCUGUGGUUCACCUGUCUCCUGAGUGAUGUAUACUCUUAUCACCCUCAUCUGAAGGAGACAAUGGACCUAGGAAAGGGCUCACUACCGACAAAGCUGACGAUCAAAGGUGAGUGGAAUAAUUAAGUAAGCUAGACUUCUAUCUCUCUGAGAUGUGAUGUGCACUGACUGUUGUAGUGAUCUACUGAAUUACAAGCUGUACAGAAAAGAUGGAGACAGGUUGUUCACUGCCCUGCAUAAUAGAAGAACUAAGUCAACAUGUAAAGCUAGAAAGCACCAAGAAAACAUAAAAAAAAUAGUGGUUCCUAAUGUGGUGGGGACUAGAUUGUGGAACUUCUCUACUAGAAAAUGUGAGUGCUAUUUAUUUAUAUGGCCAAGUCAGCAGAAGAGAAAGCCACUGAAACUGUCAUAUACAGUAAAACCAUAUACACUCUGGAAAUAACCUAACUUAAAUAGAUGACUCCUAAUGUCUCUUUUUUUUCUGUUUAUCUUGUUCUCGUGUUUUCUUGGGCAUUGCUUACGUGCACCAGUGGAGUGGGAUUCUGGGUGAGAUGGACUUUGACCUGCCUCAGUAUAGCUGUUUUCAGGUGCAUCAAGUAAUUGUGUCGUUCUUUUUGGAUGGAAUACUUUCAGUUGCUGUUAAGGUGACAGCAAGGAUAAAGGCGUAUGAGGAACUGAGGUGGUUUCUUUAUUUUUUUAAUCUACUAAAAAUAAUACUAAGAGAAUUUGUUUUUUAGAAGGGGAAUGUAAUUUGUUUAAGAAGAGCUACAAAAUAUGUAACUAACUAACUAAAACUGAAAUAAAUAUAACCAAGCCUGCAAAUUUACAACACUUUACUCUGCUAUUGAAAGAUUUUUUAUGUAAGUUAGGGCUGCAGAACUUAGAAUCAUAGAAUCAUAGAAUUAGCUAGGUUGGAAAAGACCUACAAGAUCAUCCAGUCCAACCAUCCACCUACCACCAAUAACCCCACUAAACCAUGUCU